AUGACUUCACCGCGGACUUCUCUUUUCCCAGAGCGACAGAGACUCCAGGUCUCUCAGGUCACCACCAUGGCGGCAUCUACGUCUCGUCCCCUCGAGUACCUGGAAAGCCUGCCUGGAAUGACCUUCAAUAAGCUGUAUCAACAGCCAUCCACUGCUCUCGCUAUUUUUCGGCGAAUGCUGCCUGACCUGGCAAAAUGCUUCGUUAUGGCACUUCUUUAUCUGAAGGAUCCCUUGCCUACUCAGGACCUUGAGCUUUGGGUGAAAGCCGAGAGCAAGAAGCAACGCGAUAAUGCACUCUCGAUUUUGGGUCGGCUUCACAUUCUAUCCAAGACACUCACCGCCGAUAAUGUCAGCGCUUACAUGGUCACUAAUCCGUUCGCAUCCUCUCUCCGAAAAGCUCUCAUGGGCUCCGAAGAUUCCCAGUCCUUCGGCGUCUUCUCCCAAGUCCCUGGCGGACACCCCGUAUCGAUCACCGACCUCGAUGAGUAUGCACGACGACAGUGGGAAGGUGUGCUUGGCUACAUGGUCGGAACCAGUGCUCUUAGCGGACAACGAGAUGUGAACCUCAGCAAGGGUGUGAAGCAACUGCUUCAAGCCGGUCACCUCGUCGAGAUUCGCGAUCGCCGUGUGGACAUUACGAAAGAUGGCUUUGGUUUCGUGCUUCAGGAUGUCAACACCCAAGUCUGGAAUAUUCUGAUUCUCUACGUCGAGAGCGCCGAGGCCAUCGGUAUGGAUAGCGUCGAGGUUCUCUCAUUCUUGUUCCUGCUCAGUAGUUUGGAGCUCGGUCAAUCUUACGAGAAGAAAUAUCUUUCGUCUGUCCAGCUUCGGACCCUCGCCGACCUAGCCGACUUUGGCAUUGUCUAUCAAGAGUCGCCCGAAGCUACCCGUUUCUAUCCUACCCGACUGGCAACCACACUGACCUCGGACUCGAGUGCCCUAGGCAGUACCGUUGGCAGCUCCCUAACCGGGCCCGCAGGCCAGCCCGGCGCGUCAGGUACAGGCUCAGGGUUCAUUGUCAUCGAAACCAACUACCGCCUCUACGCAUACACCUCCUCACCGCUCCAAAUUUCUCUCAUCUCCCUCUUCACGACCCUCAAGUACCGCUUCCCAAACCUGGUCACCGGAAAAGUCACCCGGCAAUCAGUGCGCCGCGCCAUCGAUAUGGGCAUUACUGCCGACCAGAUCAUCUCAUACCUACACACCCACGCUCACCCCCAACUACGCAAGCAUAAUGCCGGCCAUUCGACCUCCAAUACAUCGGGCAUUCCGCCCUCGGUCCUUCCGCCUACCGUGACGGAUCAGAUCCGACUUUGGCAGUUGGAGCGUGACAGACUCCGAGCCACUGCUGGCUUCCUGUUCAAGGACUUCACUACAUUGCAGGAGUACCAGGCUCCAUGCCAGUACGCUGCCGAGAUUGGCGUGCUGGUCUGGAAGUCGGACCGGAAGCGUAUGUUCUUCGUGACGCGUCACGAGCAGGUCGCCGCAUUCCUUCGGAGCAAGAAAUAA